AUGUCCAGUACAAGACCAGACCUUAAGUUCGCUGACAAGGUAGAUGAAAGACUGUACUUUCGAAAAUUCACGAAUUUGCCGGCUAAAGAUAGCUCAACCAUUAGAAUCAUUGAUCACAACAACAAAGAUUAUUUUACUGUUUUAGAUGAAGAUGCUGAUUUAGUUGCUGAUAACAUAUACAAGACACAAUCGGUAAUUAAGUACAAUCCUAAUAACAAGAAUAGGUACGUGACGGUAUCGCUACCAGUUUUAACCAACAACUUAUUGAAAUUUUGCUUGAUAGAAAAGAACUUGAAGGUUGAAAUUUACAACAACAAGACCUUCGAUCUUAUAUGUUUCGCAACUCCCGGCAACCUAGAAUCAUUGGCAAGUAACUAUGGAGUCGAUUUAGAAUCACUGUUCAAAGAUUGCUCCACUCCUAUUAUCGCUGGAAUCAAGUUUCAUCAACAAGGGAAUGGAAAAAGGAUUGGAAUAUGUUUUGUAGACUUACUGAAUUCAAGCAUUAAACUUUGUGAAUUUGAGGAUAAUGAAUUGUUCUCUAAUCUUGAGAGUUUACUCUUGCAAAUGGGGGUUAAAGAGGUCAUUUUCCCUUCAAACUACGAUCCUCAAGAUGAUAACCCAGAGGUUAUAAAAUUAUAUCAAGUUCUUCUGAAGAUUGGAAAUAUUGUUAUUAGCACUAUAAAGCCUUCUGCAUUUUCUCAAAAAGAUAUUGAAGCAGAUUUAUCGAAAAUCGUGGUGUCUGACUUGAAGAGUGACGAAGAGGUAAACAUUGACCUCAUACUUGCCUCUAAGGGUAUCAAUUCUUCCGAUUUUAAUCUAUCGCUAUCUUGCUGCAAUGCAUUGAUAGAAUAUUUGGAACUUCUUGGCGAACAAAACCAAAACUUCACAAUUGACCAGUAUAAUUUGAGCGCAUACAUGAAGCUUGAUGCUUCGACUAUGAAGGCUCUAAACAUUUUUCCCUCUACUAAUACAGCAAACGGUAGCUCAUUGUCAAAAUCUACCAAUAUUACUUCAAUUUUUGAGCUAUUAAAUAAGUGCAAGACAGCUGCUGGCUCUAGGUUAUUGUCCCAAUGGUUGAAGCAACCUUUAACUGAUCUUGAUUCUAUUGAAGUCCGGCAAGACCUUGUUCAACUCCUCAUUGAUGACAAUAAUUUAAGAGUUUUCAUUACAGAAGAUUGGCUAUCAAAGGUACCUGACAUCAAAAGACUCUUCAAGAAAAUUUUGAGUGGAACAAAGCGUACUUCGGGGAAUGAAAGUAAGAAAUUAGAGGACGUAGUUAGACUUUAUCAAUUUGUAUUAAUUGUUCCUGAAUUGAUCGAAAUGUUGGAAGUAGUGGUUGAUGACUUAAAGGACAAUGGAAAGUUAGCUAAUCUAGUGAAGAAAAAUUGGCUAGAACCUAUUAAACUGAAAUAUGAACCAUUGUCCAAAUUUAAAGAGUUGGUAGAGACAACUACUGAUCUUUCUCCUUUGGACUCUACUUCUGCUCACGAUUUAAUGAACACAGAUUUUAACAUCAAGCCUGAAUUUGAUGAGUCGUUAGUGGAGAUAAAUGAAAGAUUGCAAGGCAGUUUGCAUCAAAUCAGAGAAAUACACGAAGACGUAGCAAAUGACUUGAAUAUGGAAGUGGAUAAAAAGCUUAAGUUAGAAAACCAUCAGCAACAUGGUUGGUGUUUCAGAGUAACUAGAAUUGAUUCCACGGUUUUGAGGAAUACAGGAAACAAGUACACACAGUUGCAAACAGUCAAGGCUGGUGUUUACUUUACAACGAAAAGGUUAUCUGCAUUAUCCCAGGAAUACCUAGAAGCAUCAGCCGAAUAUAAUUUGAAGCAGCGUGAACUCGUAAAAGAAAUCUUAUCUAUCACUUUGACGUACCAGCUGGUUUUCAUCCCUUUGAGUCUAACAGUAUCUGAAAUCGACGUCUUAAGCAGUUUCGCCAACGUCGCUAUUUUUGCUCCUAUACCGUUCGUGAGACCAAUUUCUCAUCCAAUGAGUAAUUCUAUCAACAGUGAUGAUCAUAAUAGAAGAAAAAUUAAGUUGCAAGAUUCUAGGCAUCCUGUCUUAGAAGUUCAAGAUGAUAUUGAUUUCAUUCCUAACGACUUAUACUUUUCAAAUGAAAAGAGUGAAAAGGGUAAAUCUUUUGUAAUAAUUACUGGUCCUAAUAUGGGUGGUAAAUCAACGUACAUCAGGCAAGCAGGUGUGAUAGCUUUGAUGAAUCAAGUUGGUUCCUUUAUUCCAGUAGGAGAAGAUAACUUCAAACCGGAGAUUGCUGUAUUUGAUGCUAUUUUGUCAAGAGUGGGAGCUGGUGACUCACAAUUAAAAGGUUUGUCCACGUUCAUGAUCGAAAUGCUUGAAACUUCUUCAAUCUUGGCAACCGCUACCCAUAACUCUCUAAUUAUUAUUGAUGAAUUGGGAAGGGGAACGUCCACCUAUGAUGGGUUUGGGUUAGCUUGGUCCAUUCUGGAACAUUUGAUCAGUGAGAAAAAAUGCUUCACGUUGUUUGCAACUCAUUUUCACGAGUUGACUCAACUUUCAUCAAAAUACGAAGAUCAAGUUGAAAAUUUACACGUCGUUGCACAUGUACAGCGAGAUGAUGAGAACGAAGAGGAUGAUAUCACUCUUAUGUAUAAAGUAGAGCCAGGCAUAUCUGACAAGUCAUUCGGAAUCCACGUUGCAGAACUUGUUAAAUUUCCUUCUAAGAUUAUUAACAUGGCCAAAAGAAAAGCAUCAGAGCUUCAGCAAACGGUUUUAGACGAGGAUGAUAAAUACAUACAAAACAAGAAGACGAAAUGCUCUCCUUCAGAAAUCCAAAGUGGUAUUCACAGCCUUAAAAGUAUUCUCAAGAAUUGGAGGUCCCAAUGUUUUGAUGAAUCGAAUUCAGAAUGCAAAGUUCAAUCUUCAGUUGCUCUUGAUAAAUUGAAAACUCUAGUGAAUAAUGAGUACGCAGACACGAUAAAAAACGACAAAUUUAUAAGCGAAAUAAUCCAAAUGCUAUGA